GGAGGAGAUUUCACCGUGACGUCUGCGGUCGUACUUCCGGCGGACAAAUGUCAAAACGGAAACAAAAGAGGAUCAACUAACUGAAUCGAUCAUAUCAUGGCUUGGCAGUAAUCUUUUUUUGUUGUUGUUAGUACCGUGUCGUGUCAGUAUUUGGUGUUUUUAUGACAUGAAGGCUUCAGACAAAAGCAACCGUCACUGGCUUAACAGUCUGAAGAAGGCUACAAUUUUUUUUUUGUAACCACCUGUCCGCGACCCACUUUUGGCUCCCAUCUCACCAAUUGGGAGGGAAUCGCUUGUCUACACUCUACAACACAGACUUAAUUAAACGAAGAGUUUCGAAGAAGAAUUGGCCCCGUUGAAACUGCAGUGAGUCGCGAAACUGGACGUCAGCACGAAAACAAGUGCCGUCGCGUGAUUAUGACGUCGCCCACUCCGCCGUGUUCCUCGGAUGCCCACGCCCUCCUCCAAUACCACUGGCUCCAGGACACGCGCCGCUUCACUAUGAUUGGCUACUUUUCCCCUUAGCACGCGCCCGACUGCUUCCACAGCCGGGAAAAAAUACGUGUGUUCCCCACUGAAUUGUCUUUUUUUAUUUUGUGCAAUUGUGAUCCGUUUGGGACGUACUUUUCCCCGCACGAACAUGAUGGGAUUUUUAUUUUUUUUUAUUGUGUGAUUAUUUUCUGGUACUGCAACAGAGUAAUAUGUUUAGAUACAUUUUUUUUUUUUUUUUUUACAAAGGGGAGACAAGUGGCCACACACCGCCGGAUUUUAUGUCUCUUGGACGUGUCCCGUUUCCGUCAGUAAUGUACGUCAUUUCCCGGCAAGAUGGCGGCCCUGGGGAGCAGAAUGAUUCCGACCUGUCUGGCGGGACGCUUCCUCAUCAGGCGGCCCGGUUGCGACUUUUGGAAGCACCGCUGGCUCCAGAGGUCUCUUGUUCACACGGCGUUUGACGUGAACGGUUCAGCAUCUCUGCUGCGCAGGCGGCGCCACGUGAAGCUGCUCUGGGUGGCGGUGAGACACAACAGCUCCCCGAUGUCAAGCGGGGGCGGCCCUCCAGCGGUGGCUGACGUCGGCCCCGUCCUUCUGCCAACGAUUCCCGAACAGGUCCCCCACCAGCCCGUCUCCGUGGUGAUGGGAGACAAUAGCGCCCCCGUCUCGACGCAGGCGGCGGAGGUUCUGGCGGCUGCCGAUCCGGAGGUUCGUCUAGCGGAGCUGGGCCUGGCCGGUCACACUCCCGUGGGUGUCAUCCAGAACCUGUUGGAGUUCAUGCACAUGGACGUGGGUCUGCCCUGGUGGGCAGCCAUUGUGGUCGGAACGGUGGUGGCUCGCCUGGCCGUCUUUCCCGUCAUCGUGAAGGGCCAGCGCGAGGCGGCCAAACUCAACAACGUCAUGCCCGAGAUGAGCCGGCUCACCGCCAAGAUGACGGAGGCCAAACAGAGCGGGAAUAAAUUUGAAUUCGCCAAAGCCUACACGGACCUCAACCUGUUCCAGAAGAAGCAUGACGUCAACCCCCUUCGUGGUUUCCUGGUUCCUCUGGUGCAGGCGCCCAUCUUCAUCUCCUUCUUCAUGGCGUUGAGGAAGAUGGCGUACUUGCCGGUGCCGAGCAUGCAGACGGGAGGCGCGCUGUGGUUUCCGGAUCUGACUGCGGCGGAUCCCUUCUACGUCCUGCCCCUGGCCGUCACGGGGACCAUGUUCUUCAUCUUGGAGCUGGGCGCCGAGUCGGGUGUGGACAAUCCCAACCUGCGCGCCAUGAAGACCGUGUUCCGGAUCAUGCCCUUCGUCAUCCUCCCGCUCACCAUCAACUUCCCCACGGCCGUGUUCACCUACUGGCUCACCUCCAACUGCUUCUCGUUGGCUCAAGUGGCGCUCCUCAGACACCCGCCGAUCCGAGACAAGCUACGCAUCCCCGAGAGGAUCCAGCACCCGCCCGCUGACCUGCCACAAAGUGACGGCUUCAUCGCCAGCGUGAAGAAAGGUUGGUCCAACGCUCAGCUAGCUCAGCAGCUGGAAGAGCGGGAGAGACGCAUCAAAAAUCACCUCGACCUCGCCGCCAAAGGUCCACUGAGGCAAACGUUUACCCACAAUCCCACGCAGCAGAAACCUGCGCCGUUCACUCAAGACAAGAAAGCUGCGAGCAAGAUGAGGCCGUGGAAGGACAUCAUGGGAUAAAGUGUGGAGUAUACAUGUUUUUUUUUUUUUUUCCUAUGUCCUAUCCAGCGUAUAUGUAUUCUAUUUACAUUAAAAUGGAAAAGCACUUGACACAAA